AUGUCAAAAUUAAACAGAGAUGUUUUUUAUAUGGUAUUGCAUGAAUUACAAGAUGAUAAAAAAGCUCUUUAUUCAUGUCUUUUAGUUAAUAAAACUUGGAGUGAAAUAAUUAUUCCAAUUUUGUGGAAAGAUCCAUGGAAAUAUUUAAAGAAAGGAAAUGAAAAAUCAUUAUUAAAAGUUAUAACAACAAAUUUAUCAUUAAAUUCAACUUAUAAUAUUAUAAAAAAUUCAUAUCAAAAACCUUUAUUUGAUUAUAUUAGUUAUUGUAGACAUUUAAAUUUAUAUGAAAUUAGGAGAAUAAUUAAUACUAUAAAUGAAGAUUCUGAAAUGAUAAUUUUUAAAGAUGAAAUAUUAGGAAUUUUUAUUAAUGAAAAUACAAAAUAUACUCAUCUUUAUAUACCUUAUCAAUUUGAUAAUCAAAUACAUCUUAUUCCUGGAGCAAAACAUUGUUUUUCAGAACUUAAAUUUCUUCGUUGUAAUACAAGUAUAAAUGAUAAUGUUUUAUCUGGAUUAACAGAAAUAUCUAUAAAACAAAAAGAGUAA